AUGCGAGAUUUCAUUCAUCAUGAAAAUAUAGUUUUUGUGUCUAGAGAUUUACUGGCGUCAGUAGUUUUUUCUUGGCCUGUAGUUUGCCGGGAUUCCACUCAGUUUAUGGUCUGCAAAAAAAUGGGAAAGGAUACAGUGAAUAGCGACCCUGAUAGAGCCUGUAUUGAAAAGCUACAAAAAUUUAUUGAGUCAACCGAUGUCUCUGCGUUGGAGUCGAUGUCUUACGCCGAGAAAUUGCAGUAUGUUCUUUCCUCUAAAGAUUUUAUGUCUAACAUGGCAGCAGGACUACUGGUAGACAAUAAGAAAACACUUUAUACAUCUUCGAAGAGUUUAGAACCACAUUAUAUAAAGAACAUUGAAACUUCGGAUAAUUCCUGCGUAACUGAACCAGCAAAUACGUUGAACAACUCGAAUUCAUUUUUGAAUGAAUUCUCAAAAGAGGAGAAAUUGGAAAUCCAAAAGAAACUAGCAAUCUAUGAUAGAACCUUGAAAAUGACACUGGAAGCAAUAAAAAAUGGAAAGAUUAGUGAAGACAUUAUCAACUCGAGCCUCAGUAGCGAUCACCUAACGCAAUCAUCAGAGGAAAGGGCAAGAAUUUACAGGACACAGAAAACCCAAAACCAUAUAGCAUCCCAAAAUUUGCCCUCAGAUACAGAUGUGAACAUUCUCCUAAAAAAUAUCGAGUCUAACAAUGUGAGGAAACUUAAGGUUGACGAUAAUAUAACUGUUUCAUUGGAAUCAGCUGACAAACAAUUUGAAGCAGAUGAUAAGCCAAACAAAAAUCCCGAUGAGUAUAUAGAGCAAAUGGUCCAAAUAAUAAAUCAAGAUAAAAAAUUUGAUAACUUUUUGGAAGAAGUGUCGAAACUUGAAAACUUUAACAAACAAGAUUCAGUUGACACAGAAGAAACCAGUAAAUAUUAUGACACAACCCUUCAGAAAGCGAACAGGAAAGACGAGUUAGUCUUUAGGCAUGAUCAGCUUUCUGAUAUUGAAUCUGAAAAAGUUUUCAGGAAAAUGAUUAAUACCCAUAUUAUUAAGGCACUGGAAUCUUUCAAAUUGGAUGAAGGUAUGAAGAAGGACAUUUCGGGGACAAUUGCCAAGUCGAUUGAAAACAAUACCAUGUUUCAUGGAAAAAAUGAUGACAGAUACCUAGGAAGCAAAAAUGAUGAGGUGCCAAUUGAAGGGUUUGCUGAUGAUAUGAAGGAAUUUCAAAAGGCUUAUGCUGAACAACUCAAAGAUAUGAAUUUUGAAGAGAUGGCUAAUUAUUUGCAGAAAUGCGGCACUGAACAGAAUAUUCUAAAACAGGAGGAUGACGAACAAAAGAAUCUACAUCAUGAACAGCAUAAACUCGAAAGGCAAUUGCCUGAAGGACAACAAAAGCAUCAAAAAAAUGAUGACGUAUAUCAAAUCCAUGUAAACGGACCAGCAUACGUGGCAACAUCGGAUUCCUUAAAUGAGGCAGAUUUAGGUCAUGAUUUUUCCAAUUACUACAGUGACAAAUAUAUGAGACCUACAUUAGAAGAACGACAGAGGUUACAAAAAGAAUGCUUAGAGAGGCUUCAUAUUCAUCCAGAUGAUGGUACAAAAAAAAGCAAGAAGAAGAAGAAGAACAAAAAAAGAUCUAGCGCUGUAAGUGCAAAAUCAAUCAACCACAUAGGUUUAAAUGACCCGCACAAUGAUACUUGGUUAUGUGAACUUUGCGAGUACCAAAUCGUAUAUGGUGAAGUACCAAUAUUCCUGACCGAAUGGUUACAAAAGAAGACACAUCACCAUGACAAAAUGGAAUCCUACCAAAGGUAUUUAAUGCAACAGAGAAAAGAACGUAAAAAGGAACAGGAACAAGAGGGAAACACACGUAACGAAAAACAUACCAGUCAUGUUCACCAACAUAGAGUUCUAGAUGAGCAUGGCAACUAUUCUACUCCUGAUAACCCUAAAACCUCAAUAUGA